UUUCGAAUAUGAAAACACAUCAUUGACUUUUUUAACCUGUACGAGUAAGGUAUUUUCAUAUUUACAAUUUUAUUUUUAUUAAUUAUUUUUUUAUUUAAUUUAUUAUUUAAAAGAUGACACCCCUAUGAAAAAUUUCUGGGUCCCAUCCUAACCCUAAUUUGCUCGUCCGCUUCGAUCCAACCUCCCUUCCUCUCCUCCCGCCGUGAACGUCGACAUGGAAGGGGAGAAGAUUUCAGCUCGUUUCUUCACGAACUCGAGUGACACGUCGUUCAACGAUACUAUCCCUAGUACCUCCACUCAUCGUCAACUCUCCACUAUCCUCAACGGUCAUCUCGAAUCUAGGAAUUAUGUUUCUAAGCCCUAUGUUUUUCUUAUCGAUGGGAAGCUUUUUCCUAUCUCUCUCGGCCUCGACAAAUUCCUUUUGCAUAACGGCAUUUACGUUAACAAGAAGAAGAUGUUGGAGAUUGAAUACACUCUUCCUGUCGAAGUGGAGGUGGGGCCUUUAGUGCAUGGCGGACCCGUAAGUGCAGUAGAUUGUUCUUGUCCUGGGAUCAUCUUGACUGGAUGCAACGACGGCAAGGUUAGGUUGUGGAAAGAUGAUGGUUCAUGUACUCAAAUACUUGAAGCGCACACUGGUGCAAUACGCUGUGUUAGUAUCAUUAACCCACUAGGUAAGGAUGCAACUCUGGUUACUGCCUCAACAGAUAAAACUAUCAAACUGUGGAAGAUGGAUUCAAAAGAAAUUGGGAUUAGCCCGUUCAAGAUUUUGCAUGGUCAUGCUGCUGCAGGAGUACGAUGUGUGGCCGCAAAUCCAUCAGGAAGCAGGUUCUGUUCAGGUUCUUUCGAGAAAACAGUCAAGGUGUGGCAGACGGAUGGAGCUGCCUCGGAAGUUUGCUCAGGGUCGAUGAAGAAGAUGAAAACUGAAUCUGGAGCUAAAGAAUCUCAGAUGGAGGAUAAUCCUGUCUGCUCACUAGAGGGUCAUGCGGCACUAGUAUCAUCAGUGGCUUGGCCAGUAGGCAAUACCAUUUAUUCUGCAUCUUGGGAUUGUACAAUUAGAGAAUGGGAUGUUGAGAAAUGCAGCCUUGUGUCGACCAAAUCUUGUGGAAGACCUUUCAGUUGCCUUAGUGUAGCUGAAUCAGGCUCGAACAUCUUGGCCGCAGGUGGAUUCGAUGGUAAACUUAGGAUUUAUAGUCCAAAUCAGCCAGACAAGUCUCGCCGUGUGGCCAAGUUUUCCUCGCACAAUAAAGAGAUAUCAGCAUGCCAAUGGCACAAAGAUUCAGUCCACUUACUGACUGCAUCCCUUGAUGGCACAGUCAUGAUGUGGGAUGUCAGAAAUGGGGGGUAUGCUGUUAUUGAGUCGCAUGAACACAGCGUGCUAUGUACUGAUUGGUGGGAAGGGUACCGUGUAAUCAGUGGUGGUGUUGACGCGAAGCUUCGGAUUUCAUCUAGUGCAACCCUGCCUUUAAAGGAACCUAAAUUAAUGUCAACAUGAACGAGAAAAUAUUUGCGAUAGGGAUCUCAGAUUGUUGGUUUGUGGUUGAACAUUUAUCGUAUGAAGUCGAGAGGAGCGCAGCUAACUAUUCAUUUUGUACAAUGAUAAUUGUCGAAAACAUAUUUAUUUUUUGAGCUUAAUGUGAUUAUUACAUGAUAUGUUGGAGGUAUAUAUUGCUUGUUUUAAGGCCAACUGACUUUGAAAUGAUUGUACGUGUGUUAGAAUUUUGAAAUUGUGGAAGUACAAGCGAACAAGUCGAACACAAAUCAAGUCUAUGAUCGAAUCAAUUUGGACCGGAAAUUUGACCUAGUCCCUUUAAUUAAAGGACUUAUUGGAU